CUAGACGGUGAAGUUGCCUUCCUCUAACUACUGAAGAUUUCAAAGGGAAUGAAGCCCCAAUUGUUCUUAAGGUUCCACCUCUUCCCCUCAAAAUAGAACAAAAAGGGAAGUGUGUCAGUCUCUCUGUUCAAGAAGCAUGAAGCUAUAUAUUGUGACUAUCUGCCUUGUUGGCUUCUACUUUGAGCCUCUUCAUGGUGGCGGCGACUCCUGUUUAUCAUUUGCAUCCAGCAGAGCUUCGCUGAAAGGGAAUCUUACUGCCUCCAAUGAUGAAUUUCCGAGAGAAAACUUCACAUUUGACUGCCCCUUGCCACACAUUGCUGACGUCUUCCAUAUAAAACUGUUCAGAGGGCAGCACAAACAGGAAGUCUGUGAUCUCUACGUAGACGAAGGGAAACCAAGGGAAACCAAUGGGAAUGAGAUUUGUAAUCCAGUGUAUUCCGGUGAUAAAGUAUCGUUUGUUCUCAGAGGUUUGAAAAGGAACCAUAGUGAUACUUACAUCAGCUGCCUACAAAUCUAUACACCCGUCGCUCAUUGCUGUGAAACAAUUGAAAAACAUCUAUAUAUCCAAGAAGAUGCAGAAGAUUCAAAAGUUUCAGAAGACUCCUGCUUGUUCUCAGAAUCUGCAUCAUGGCUACUCAUUGGGCUCACUGUUUUUUCCAUUGUUGCCUGCAUCUUCUGUUUCAUAGCAUGCUGCCUCAGAAAUGUGGUAAGUGAUCUGAACAGCCUUCUUCAAAGGCUCCUAACCUGUCCCUGGAAGCUCCAUCUGCGCAUGUCUGAAGUCUCCGAACAUGUGCAGAAGCGAUUUCUGGUUUGCCGCCAUGUCACGAACUCUCAUGACUACAACAAUGAAUACAUGUCCAUGGCAGCUGUGAAGCCCAUCUAAUAACCCACC